CUAAGAUCAUGUUUGGAUAUAUAAAUACCCAAAUCUGAUUAACUCCUUCGAUUAGAUCUUUGUCCAAGUUCAACCACGCGUACUAACAGCUGCGGAUUUUUCUCAGAAGUGAAAAAAUGGGGCUGUCUUUCACAAAGCUAUUCAGCCGGCUUUUUGCCAAAAGGGAGAUGCGUAUACUGAUGGUUGGUCUUGAUGCUGCUGGUAAAACCACCAUUCUUUACAAGCUGAAGUUGGGAGAAAUUGUUACUACCAUUCCCACCAUCGGUUUCAAUGUUGAGACCGUUGAAUACAAGAACAUCAGCUUCACUGUUUGGGAUGUUGGUGGCCAGGACAAGAUCCGACCAUUGUGGAGACAUUAUUUCCAAAACACGCAAGGACUUAUCUUUGUGGUUGAUAGCAAUGAUCGUGACCGUGUGGUUGAAGCUAGAGAUGAGUUGCACAGGAUGUUGAAUGAGGAUGAGUUGAGGGAUGCUGUGCUGUUAGUAUUCGCUAACAAGCAAGAUCUUCCAAAUGCAAUGAAUGCAGCUGAGAUCACCGACAAACUUGGCCUUCAUUCCCUCCGCCAGCGCCACUGGUAUAUCCAGAGCACAUGCGCCACAUCUGGUGAAGGACUGUACGAAGGACUGGAUUGGCUCUCAAACAACAUUGCAAACAAGGCUUAGAUGACCUUUCUAUCUCACUAAUGCCGGCCCCUUUUGGAACUAUCGAUGUUUCCACCUCCGUUAAAAUGUUUUAGUUUUCCAUGUUCCUUGUUUCUUGCAAACAUUGUCAUUCGUUACCUCGGUAGUAUAAGAAUAAUUGAUAAAUUUUCAGCUUCUCUCAUGUUUCUUAUCUUGAUAGUUGGAAAAAAGAUACAUUUGUUCGUUUUUAGAUUG